AUAUGAUCCUUCUCCAUGAAAGAAAUCACCACAUGAUAAACUUAUUCUAUUUAUUCAUUAUUAGCAAUAUAAUUCAAAGUGUGUUUGCAAAUAUGGCUGCUAAUCAUCCACCAGUCAACAACUUUGCUAUUUUCUUCAUUCUUCUCUUGGCGAUGACUAUAGCAGUUGAUAUGCCAAAAUUACAAGUUAUGGGAUCUUGUGGCGAUGAUUGUUCUUCUAACAGUGAGUGUGGUGGCUGGACUGCUUGUCAGUGGUGUUGGGAGAAGACGGAUUUUAAUGGUAAUAGUUACCGCUCCUGCAGCAUCUUGCCAUGAACAAUAUCACUAGCUGGAAAUGCUUUCAUUGUUUAUAUAUAUCUGCUACCUCUAAAUAUAUACUUAUGUAUUUGUUUCUGAUUUGCGUUUGUGUUUCUUUUUUCCUUUUUAACAAUAAGUUUAUUGUAGUGUUGUCUUUAUAUGUUCUUUCCCUUCUAUAACAUAUAGCUCUAAUUAGUUUGGUGUGAAGGAAUAUCAAUGUAGUAUUAAUA